UGUGACAGUUGACACAGCUCCAGCCAUGUACGUGCACUGCAGCAAUGCGGGCACUACACCUCCACAGUUCUAGCUUUUACCAGCGCGGCGCUGCUUCUUCCACAGGGGGCGCUCUCGAUUCUCGUUGUUGGUGUCCAGGGACGAUCUAGGACAACGCUGUCGCUUCUCGAUGGUUAAUAUGGCGGCGGCCUGGGCUGCGGCGGAGGCGCGGAGCCAGAACCCGUGAAUUGGGGGUCCAGAAGCCGCAGCCUGGCCUGUGCGGUGGAAGGGGCCGAGGGAUAGGGCGGAGAAGCUCCGAGGAGGGCUGCGGUUUAGAAACAUUGCAGAUUGUUAAACCCACCGGCUGCGGAAGGGAUGUGACCGGCUUACCUCGGGCCAUCCCGGCGGCUGCAGCGGCGGACGAGCAGCUGACGAGAGGCCGGGGAUGGGCCAGCAAGUAGGCCGUGUGGGAGGUGAGGCACCGGGAGGACCGCCGCCGCACAGAGGAAACAGGAGCGCCGGGACAAGGCUGGGGAGCCACCCCGGUACUGUAGGAGCCGGGAGCCGGAGGAGGGAGCCUGCCGGGAGGAAUAACACCGAGGCCGGAUUCAACAUCUUUGUUCAGCACGAAGCAUUGCACCGUCCUUAUGGCAGCGACUCUGAACCUCAAGCACUCAAUGACGCCAUCCGCUGGAGCUCCAAGGAGAACUUGCUGGGAGCCACAGAGAGCGACCCCAAUCUCUUCCUUGCUCUCUAUGAUUUUGUGGCCAGUGGAGACAACACCCUGAGCAUCACCAAAGGAGAGAAGCUACGGGUGUUGUGCUAUAACCAGAAUGGAGAAUGGUGUGAGGUGCUGUCUAAGAACGGCCAGGGCUGGGUGCCCAGCAAUUACAUCACCCCUGUCAACAGCCUGGAGAAACACUCCUGGUACCAUGGCCCUGUGUCUAGGAGUGCAGCAGAAUAUCUUCUUAGCAGUCUUAUUAAUGGCAGCUUUCUGGUGCGAGAGAGCGAGAGCAGCCCAGGUCAGCUCUCAAUUUCCCUGCGUUACGAGGGUCGAGUCUACCACUACCGCAUAAACACUGCCUCUGAUGGCAAGCCUUUUGUCUUCCAGGUCUACGUCACAGCGGAGAGCCGUUUCAACACACUGGCUGAACUGGUCCACCAUCACUCUACCGUGGCAGACGGCCUUGUUACUAUUUUACACUACCCUGCACCUAAGUGCAACAAACCCACAGUUUAUGGAGUGUCCCCCAUUCACGAUAAGUGGGAGAUGGAACGCACAGACAUCACCAUGAAGCACAAGCUGGGAGGGGGGCAAUAUGGAGAGGUUUAUGUCGGAGUCUGGAAAAAAUAUAGCCUCACAGUAGCUGUAAAAACACUAAAGGAAGACACUAUGGAAGUAGAAGAGUUUCUGAAGGAGGCAGCAGUCAUGAAAGAGAUCAAACAUCCCAACCUUGUGCAACUCUUAGGUGUCUGCACACUGGAGCCCCCGUUUUAUAUUGUAACAGAAUACAUGCACUUUGGGAACUUGCUAGACUAUCUCCGGGAAUGUAACCGGGAGGAAGUGACUGCAGUUGUCCUGCUAUAUAUGGCCACACAGAUCUCCUCUGCCAUGGAGUAUCUGGAGAGGAAAAACUUCAUCCACAGGGAUCUUGCUGCAAGGAACUGCUUGGUUGGUGAUAAUCAUGUGGUGAAGGUGGCUGAUUUUGGUCUAUCUCGCCUUAUGACUGGAGACACAUACACAGCUCAUGCUGGUGCCAAAUUCCCAAUAAAAUGGACUGCUCCUGAAAGCCUGGCAUACAACACUUUCUCCAUUAAAUCAGAUGUCUGGGCUUUUGGUGUGCUACUGUGGGAGAUUGCUACCUAUGGCAUGUCCCCCUACCCUGGCAUUGACCUAUCCCAGGUGUAUGACUUACUAGAGAAAGGGUAUCGCAUGGAGCAGCCAGAAGGUUGUCCCCCAAAGGUCUAUGAACUAAUGAGAGCAUGCUGGCAGUGGAAUCCUGCCGAGAGACCUUCUUUUGCUGAGACGCACCAAGCCUUUGAAACAAUGUUUCAUGAUUCUAAUAUAAAUGAGGAGGUUGCUGAAGAACUGGGGCGCACUGCUUCUUCCACAUCAUCUUAUCAGAAUCGUCUUCCUAUGUUACCCUCUAAAUCCCGAACCCUGAAGAAGAAAGCAGAGAAUAAGGAGAACAUUGAAGGCACCGGAGAUUCAUCAGAUAACUCAACUUCAAGCACAACGGCAGGAGUUCUUCGUGGAUCUCCUGUAGCAAGUGGCUCCCCAGCUCUUCCACGCAAACAGAGGGACAAAUCUCCAAGCAGCUUAUUAGGAGACUCCAAAGAAACAACAUUUACACGAGACCGAAAGGGAGGAUUCUUCAGCUCUUUCAUGAAGAAAAAGAGUGCCCCUCAGCCCCCCAAACGCAGCAGCUCCUUCCGUGAAAUGGAGAACCAGCCCCACAAAAGGCCAGAGCUAACUGGAGAACUUGCUGCUUUCCAGGCACUUGAUGGUCUUGACACUCCUGCUUCUCCAGGGUCUCAUAAAUGCUAUGGGGGUUCAUCUCAACGUGGUUUUGCAGAAGAAGGGGGAGUUAGUGGGGGGUGGACUGGAAUAUCUGGCUUCUUCACGCCCCGUCUAAUAAAAAAGACAUUUGGUUUGCGAACAGGUAAACCAGGAAGCACUGAGGACCAGUCAAAACCUUUCCCUAGGUCAAAUUCCACAUCUUCCAUGUCUCCUGUUGUUUCUGAGCUAGACAGGAUGUCCAUGACACUACCCAGAAACUGCCAUCGGACUAAGGUCCAGCUGGACCGUGCUGCCUCAGUCUCUUCACAACCAGAUGAGAACCAACAGGACCUUCCAAGGACUGCAUUAGAUAUAGCACCCCCACAGCCAAAUAGAGAUAGAGGAAAGCCUAAAAUGCUUCCACGGACUGGAGGUGGUGAGCGAAAUGGUGGACUGCGCACGGGUGCAGAUGAGAGGUCCUCUCCCAGCAAGCAUGUAGGAGGGGCCUCUUCGUCAUUCCCUGCUGCCGCUCACAACCACAAAGUGCCAGUUCUCAUUUCGCCAUCCCCAAGAAAUGCAUCUACAGAUACUCAGCUGGUUGGCAUGGAUUCUUUAGGUCACACCUUCAAAUUGCUUCAGGAACAUGUGUCAUCUGCUGGGUCUGAGAAAGACCGCCCUUCUCAUCGACGGCUGAAACCUAAGUGUGCUCCCCCUCCUCCUCCAAAUGUAAGAUUCCUGCAACAACCACCUGCAGAAGAGACACCCACACAGCCCGUCACUGAAAGGGCAGCCAAGCCUUCCCGGCCCAUGCUACCGCCACCACCUCCUGUUACCCAUGUAGGAAAGCUUUCCAAUGGGGCAGCAGGGGGUGGUAGGGGAGCGUUAAGGAAGUCCAAACAACCUGCAGAGAAAGUUCCUGCAGACAAAAUAAGCAAAGAAGCUCUUUUGCAGUGUGCUGGUAUGCUGUCCAGCGCUCUGACAGUUCCCCAACCCAACAGCCAGCUGGUUGACACAGGACACCAGCUUCUGGACUAUUGCACUGGAUAUGUUGACUCCAUACCCCAAACACGAAACAAAUUUGCCUUUCGCGAGGCUGUCAGUCGCUUAGAAGUCAGUUUGCAGGAGCUGCAGGUGUCUUCCGCAGGUUCUGGGGCAGGAGGUUCAUCUUCUGCUUCCCAGGGUCCAAACCCUGUACUUAAUAACUUACUGUCCUGCGUGCAGGAGAUCAGCGAUGUGGUGCAGAGGUAGCUGGGGAGGAGCUUUGUACAGAAGGCAUUUGUUUCUUGUAACACCAUAGAACAACUCUCACCAAUCUGAUGCACUGACAAGUGUGGGACAGAUGGACACCGUGGAAGGGUUUAGCCUCUGUGUUGCUAGAGGAAGAAUAUUAACUAUGCUGGUUUAAGACCGGAAAAUAUCCAGCAGAACACAUUUUAACACUAAGAAACCAUUUUAUUUUCAUUUUUAUCAUGUUUGCUUUGCUUUUUGUCCUUUUACAUCUCAGGUUUAACGUAAAUUUCUCCAUUUGGAGUUUUUAUUUUCUCCAUGGGUCCAAAAAUACACUUAGGGAGCUUAGGAUACCCUCUAAGGGCUUCCGGUUAUCUCCGAAUGAGAUGGUGUGUUGACCAUGGCAUGGCUUGGUUUGGCACCUCCUGCUCCUUACAACCAGAGAGGUCUAUAAAGCCCAGAGUCCCCAUAGAAAGUAGUAAAGAAAGGUUACAUGUCAUCUGUGGAAUAAGCAGUGCCCCAGAAAACGCCUCUUGUUUAAUUUGAGUUUUUUUUUAUUUUUUUUAACAUCUUUUAUAAUAUAGGUGCUGACCGGUACCUGACAGGUUGGUGGAGAGUCUGUAUGGCCUUUAUGCUGAAGUGCAGCCAUUUUUGGGCGGAUCACAAUUACCCAUAAUUUAUGCUGGGAAAACAAUGACGCUGUCACUUUGUCUCCUAGUUCCCAUUUGACCGGUAGAUGCCAUUCCCAUAAACAUUCAUUUCAGCUGCAAAUCUGCAGCCUCCAGUUUAUGUAACACUAGGGAACACUAGAAAUGUUGCUACCAUGUAAGUAUAUGUCAUGAAAUCUAACAUUUUAGAAAAAUUGUGGUUUUGUUUGUUUUUGUAUUGAGUUGCCAUUUUCUGUGACAUCAUAGCAUGUUUUUCUAUGCAUUCUCUGACCCACAACGCAAUGUGACUGCUUUGGCCACCGUCGACAUUUAAGUGUCCGUGUACACUUGAAACACAUUUUAUAUGAACCUGAUGGAAGCCACUUGAUCAUUGAGUUAUGAUGUAUUUUUUUUUUUCCAGAUUUUGUAUAGAGAAUGUUCUAUUGUAACCUCACUUGGGGUAUGCCCUCUCUUUCUGUAAAGCAUUAUCUGCAAAAUAUGUAUAUGGGAGUUUUGUGAUCACAGUUAAUGCUGUCUGUAUACACAUAGUUAAUGAAUGCAAUGGUCUGAAAUGCUGUUUCUGGGCAGUACUGGAAUACGUCAUAACUGGAGUCUGAAUGUCGCAUUUCUAUUAGUAAGACAUUGAGUGCUGGUUAGAGAUAUAGAGGGUGUGUUUACUUUGUGCAAACGUCUGGUAUAAUAUCCAGUUUUUCCAUUUGACACUAUAGAUGUGCUUUUGGCACAUGGACUACAAUGUAUAACACUACAAUCAGUUCUCGUAAUGAAAUCCCAUGACUAGGAGGUGCAUAGAUGGAUUUGCAACAAAAAAAAGGAGAGAAGUCCUGCAACUCACCACUGUGGAAUG